AUCAGCACAGGCUAGACGACGACGGUACGAAGGGGUAUAUCGGCGCCGAGACAAUUCUCACAACCACUCAGUUGGUCACGACGCCUUCCACCGUUCGCCCGUUUUCAUUUGUCACUGUAACGCGCACUCUGAUUUUCGUUAGCUCUCUCGACAAACGCAAAGUUGUUUUGAUUUGCCAUCGUUUUUUUUUCCCCUGCCGGGAGGGUUUUGUCUCGUUCGGUUAUUCGCAGCUUCCCGCGACUCUCUUCAUCACCCCGGUGUGUUCAUUAUUAUUACGUGCUGCUCGUCGUGGUGGAACGAACCGGAAUAGGAAGAAGAAGAAGAAAAAAGAAAAUUGUUUGGAGGGGAGGUCGACCGAUCAACAAAAGUGGAACAAGGAACAACUUUGUUUGAAAAGACCCGACAUCAACUCUGAUUGGAAUUCAAUCGCCAGAAGAAGAUGGAGCGAAGAUCUCGUCAUCUUUUGUUUGCCGUGUUGGCCGUCGUCUUGACGGUCUCGGCUUCGUCAAUGGGCGGCGGUCUAACGACGCCGGAUGCAGCCGCUGGAGUGGCUGGAGCAACGGCGUCAGGGCUCUUCAACAUCCGGCCUCUGAGCAUCUUCACGGGCCACUGCAAUGCCUCCAUUGCCAGAGGGGCAACCAUCUGGAAGCCCAUCCCCGGCGUUGUUGAUAUCUUCUUCCCAAAAGUGAAACCUCCUCGGUGCGCCAACCCGUCGGCUUGUUCGCUGAUCAAUUCGUCGCUGCACGCCAACGUCAUCCUGCAGCCGGGCGACUCGUUGCGACUUACCUUCGACUUGGAUUUUUCAUCAUCGGCCAACGGCGAACGAGAUGAUCAACCCGUCACCAAGACAUCGACCAUCACCACCACAACUACGGAAUUACCCAGGGCGGCCACUACCGUACCGACAACAACCACCGAAUCUUCAACUGCCACGCCCACCACUACGGAAGAGACGACCACGCCCGACGCCAUUAGCAGCCAAGAGCCGGUGCUGUUGAAACGCUACCCACGACAGGCUGUCGUUGGCCCGUCACCGACAAACCCCGCCGUCGCUGGCCCGACGCAGUUGCCCAUCCAGAAGAGUAAUGUGGUAGCCGAACGGAUCCGUUUGAUGACUCAAGCGGAUAAUAAUCAGCCCAGAAAAAUGGCCCCUUCCGGCAGCAGUAGUUCCAGCAGCAGCAGCAGCACCGCCAUUCCGCCGGUCAGCAAUAUCGUCACCCUCUACAAAGUGAACGGCGAAGCCUUCGAGUCGUGCGACAUCACUAACGGACAAAGGAUCGGCCAAGUCAAGAGUCAGGAUCCCGAAUCGCACACGGGCAUCAUUACCUUGCCACCUGGGCUCUUAUCGAUCGCCGACAACUUCUUCUUGGGACGCUCGGUCCGCUGGGGUGGCGAAUGUCUCAAGAUGAAAGUGUCGGUCAAGACGGCCAACUGCGGAGAUCGGGACCAGUGUACCAAUAACGGCGUCUGCCACGCCACAUCCAACACGGCUUCGUUCCAGUGCUCCUGUUGCGAGUCGGCCAAUGUCAACGAAUUCUGCGGGCCGUCCAACUUGUGCUCGUACAACCCCUGCCAGAACGAAGGCGUUUGCAUCCGCGUUCAACAGAACAAAGACGACCUUUUCCGCUGCCUCUGCCUACCAGGUUACGAAGGCAAGUUUUGCGAGGAACAAUUCAACGCUUGUGAUUCGAUGGUCUGCCAUAAUGGCGGCUCCUGCUUGAUCGCCCAUGACGGCCGGGCCCAUUGCUCAUGCUCUUCCGGUUUUGUCGGGCUCCACUGCGAAGAGGAAUUGACCGGAUGCGAUUCGUCCCCCUGCGUCCACGGCAUCUGCGUCGACCAGACACACGGAUACCGCUGUUUCUGCCAACCAGGAUUCGGCGGACCGGAGUGCAACUUCGAAUACAACGAGUGCGAGUCUAAUCCGUGUAGCAACGGCGGUACGUGUUUGGAUCGUGUUGGCGAAUUCCAGUGCAUCUGCCCGUCGGGCUACGCCGGAUCACGUUGCGAGACUCAGGUGAAUUUGUGCGAACCGAAUCCUUGCGGACUCAAUCAAAAAUGCAUCGAUCACGGAACCAAUAUCAGCUGCGAAUGUAUUCCGGGACUUGAUCUGGCCCUCUGCGCCGAGAUGAACUCGGCGUGUCAUCCGAACCCGUGUCUGCGUGGUGGGACCUGCUGGGUCAGCAGUGGUAGCUUCUUCUGCGCCUGCAAACCGGGACUGACUGGCGAUCGAUGCCAAGAUCUGGUGACCACGAGCGGUAACAAAGCCGAGCACCACGAAGUGAUCCGUGGAUCGGUCGGCCAUUACGGGCUCAGUAACAGCGAACUGGAACUCAAGACGCCAUUGCCGCUCCAUUUGGACCACACGCACAGCAUCUAUGUGGCCGUCGGCACGCUCGUUUCGGCCGUUAUCGUCGUCGUUAUAGCGGUGAUGGUCUGCUACUGCCGGACGCACGAGCCGUCCAAAUGGUCACCGUCGGCUCGGCUACCUUUCCUGUGCCGAGAUUACCGCAAUACAUCGUCACCUGUGAAAGAGGAUCAAGGGAUGGACGUGCCGUUGGCGGUUGCCAUGGAGUCGGAAACCUUCCAGCAGCGCAAAUUUGAGAGCCUGCAUCCCACUCAGUGCCAAGUGUAUUGGAGCGACGCUCGCCGCGACGCCGCCGUACUCGACUAGAAGAAGAAGAAGAGCGCAGGAGAAAAGAUGGGGGAAAAAAGGAGCGCGCGUAUAUAAAUAAUAAUAAAAGGGAAAAAAAGGAACGACGCGGUAAAAAGGAAGAAAAUGAAGACCAACAUCUUCCAACUUUUUCUUUUUUUCUGGGAGCGGUAAUUUGAUUUGGACUCGGUUCACUCGGCUUAUAUUAUACUUUACACUGCACACUUCGACGUUGAAAUAACACCCCUGACGUUUUUUAGUUGUAUUUCUCGUUCUGGAAAUAUUUAUAACUAAAUAUAUACUGUCUCUCAACUCUCCUGACUUUUCCCCCCAUGUUCAACCAACCACUCUGCCUCCCGGCGACCGAGCGGAUGCGUAAGAGAGCGUACAGGGAGACUUUGAUCUCCUUCAUGAUGAUGCUCUCUUUUUUCUUCCUGACUCUCUCCUAUCUCUUUUUCAUCCUUGGCUCUUUGUAUUCAUUAUCCUGUGACUCCCGACGACGACGACGACGAGUUUUCGACGUCUAUCUUUAUAUUUUUUUAUUUUUUGGGGUUCCUUUAUUUUCUUCCUCGUUUAUUCGUGUUCAUGAAUUAUUCCACAUGUAGAUCCAUGUUCCGUCCUCUCCGUUAUAUACUUGUCUCCCCUCUUCUCGUCUAUUCCCGCCCCAACUCUUAUUUCUGUUGUGUCUAUCUCUCUCUUUCGUGCUUAUUGCUAAACUCUGCUAACUUAUUCCGUUUGCUGUAUGAUUGUCUCCGAGCCGAACGACGAACACAGAAGAAAUGGACAAAACAUUUUUAUUUUAUUAUUCAAUUGGAUUAUAUUUUAGACUUUUGUUCUUAUCCCUCCCCAUAUAAAUGAACCAGCAGGACCAGUUCUACAUUUUGCAUUCGGCUUUUCUUUCUUUCUUUUUUGGAUUUCUUAUAAAAAUUAGAUCAAACCCUGUUUUACGUUCCCUUACACUUCCGUGUUCAAGAUUUAUUGUUUCGAUGUUUAUCAUUUGUGUCCUACCAUUUUCUUCUAAAUUUUUCUUAAGAAUUCCGUUUCAUUUUCAAUCAUAUUAUAUAGAUCUCUAAUGCUCAUAAAGAUUCACGAUACUUGUAUGUUUCUGUAUUAUGAUGAUAAUGUGGUCUCUAUUGUUGCAGAAUUACUUUUGAACCCAAAUUCAUCACACACAACCACAUUAAACAAACUUGAAAAAAAACAAAAACAACAUAAACUAUAACCCUUUCGUAAUCAUCUUUUUACUUGCCCUAUACAAAAGCCAAAUAAAAAUUAAUAAAUAACGGCAGCAUCCCU